UAGCGAUGAUUUUUACGUGAUAAUGACAGCAGUGAGGAUUGUGAUGCCCAAGACAAAUGGCCAUGACGGAGACAAAAAAGAUACUAUAAUGGAGCACAUGGAUUGUGAUGUGGAUCCCUCUCAAGGAGAGAAAUUCUUAGCUAUUGCAUCCAAUUUGGGAAGCAAGAAACCCAUUUCCAAAGCCCAUAUGAUUGCUCUACAAAACAUUGGAUCGAUCUGUUCGAGUGUUUGGAACAACAAGUAA